AUGAUUCUGGACUGCAGCUUCUUGGCGCUUGAACAAGUCAUUGAGACUGUGUUCCAGCGGAUCGACGUCCUUUUGGAAAGGCAAGCCACAAACCCACGGCAACGAAUGCUCAUUGCACUGGCUGGGAUUCCCGGCUCUGGAAAAUCUACCAUCUCAUCUGGGCUAAUGCGGAAGCUCUCGAAAAAGAAUGCUGGUUUCGUCGCCGUGGUGCCAAUGGAUGGCUUCCACUACUCCAAGGCUGCAUUGGCACUGUUUCCCGACCCUUGUUUGGCAGUUCGCCGCAGAGGGGCGCCCUUCACUUUCGACGCUGCAGCCUUUGUACAACUUGUGAUGAAACUGAAGGAGGCGCCUGUUACGUUUGUCGACGAAUCCGUAUAUUCGAUAAGAGCGCCCAGUUUCGAUCAUCGUGUGCAAGAUCCAGUAGCUGAUGAUAUCGAGAUCUCGUCGAGAAACCGAAUCGUCAUACUCGAGGGCAACUAUACACUGUUCAAUCAAACCCCUUGGAACCAGAUCGGAAACAAGGUUGAUGAAAGAUGGUUCGUUGAUGUGUCACCGGAGGUCGCCAAGGAACGCCUGGUAGAGAGACACCUUCAGGCUGGUAUUGAAUGCUCUCGAGAAUUGGCCUUGACUCGUGUUGAGAACAAUGACCUUCUGAAUGCCGAUCUUAUCAAACGUCAUCUUCUUGAGCCGAACUUGAUCAUCUCUUGCUGA